CGCCCCGCAGGCAGGACUCUGCCAGCCCCUCGUUCUUCCCGAGCCGCUGCCCCUGGAGGUUACUGGACCUGCGCUGCGUUCAGCUAUGAAAUUUCUGUUGGUUUUUGAUUUUGACCAUACAAUCAUAGAUGAAAAUAGUGACACCUGGAUUGUGAAAUGUGCUCCUGAAAGAAAACUUCCUAAUGAAUUAAGAAACUCUUACCAGCCGGGACAUUGGACAGAAUAUAUGGGUAGAGUCUUUGUCUACCUGGGAGACAAUGGUGUCAAAGAAGAUGAGAUGAAAAGAACUAUGACAACAAUUCCUUUCACUGCAGGAAUGAUAGAUCUUCUGGGAUUUAUUGGCGAGAACAAGGAGUUGUUUGAUUGUAUAAUUGUUUCAGAUUCUAAUACAGUAUUUAUUGACUGGAUUUUGAAAGCUGCUGACUUCCAUAAAGUGUUUGAUGAAGUGUUUACAAACCCUGCAGCAUUCAGCAGUACUGGCUAUCUUACUGUACAGCACUUCCAUGCUCACCAUUGUACAAAGUGCCCUAAAAACCUUUGCAAAAGGAAAGUUUUAAAAGAAUUUCUAGACAAACAGUUGGAGCGCGGAGUAAGUUAUACACAAAUUAUAUAUAUAGGUGAUGGUGGGAAUGACUUAUGUCCAGUAAUGUUUUUGAAGAAGAAUGAUAUUGCUAUGCCCAGGCAGGGGUAUACCUUGGAGAAAAGGAUUUCUCAACUGGCCCAAAGUCUCAGUCCUGUACAGUGUUCUGUUCUGGUUUGGUCAUCUGCAGUCAACAUUAUGUCUUACCUGAAAUCACUUAUAAAGGAAUGAUUCAAAUGAUAAAAGGAAACUGAUGCAGUUACAUUUUAGCUUGUUGGGAGAGAAAAACUACAUGUGUAUAAAAGCUCAAAAUUGUAUAAUUGGACUAUUAUCUGAAAUUAUGGGGUUUUUAACCACAACAUAAAACUGUUUAUGUUCAAUGCUGGUGAUAAUAGGAAAGUGCAGUAAAAAAGGCCUUCUAACACAGUACAGAUUCCAGUAUAAGUGGAGAAGGGGUGUUGGGACAGACUUGUUCAUUAGUUUUUGGCUAUUCCCUCCCCUCCAACCCUUUACAAGUACAUAGCUGAUAUAUACUUGCAAUCUCACACACUUAGGGGAAGGAGUAGGAUUCCUCUUGAAAAGAAUUAAAUUCUUUAUCAGAAAACAUUAGGUGCCAGGAGCAUGGUUCUAGAGCUGUUGGCUUUUAUACUUCUCUGAUCUCAUGGCAAGUUAUUUGCUUGUAAUCUUGUUUAAUCCAAAGAUGCAUUUAUAUUUUCAAUCAAUUAUUUUACCAAACAAAAUUACUUUUUAAUAUUUUGUAUUAUCUUGUAUUGUAAAGACAAUAAAAGUUGCUGUCACUGACAAAUGCAGCACAACUGAUUUGUGUCAUGUAUUCUGCUGGUCUGUGUUUCAUCAGGCCUGGAGAGAGUAGACACAAGUGUAGGUGUCAGCCUUUGGCUGGUCAGACCCUUUUUCCUCUGGAAAGCUGUAAGGAUGUUGCUUUUUUGUUUAAAGAAAAGUCUUUCUCCCAUUCUGCCUACUGCCCUGACAGUGCUGCUGCCUCUGUACAGAGCUGGCACUGCUUUGAUCUUCCAUGCUGGCAGCUCGGAGCCAGCCAGAACUUUUUUUCCUCCUUGGUUGCUGCUGCAGUGCACAGGCUCACAGAAUGGAACAUACAUAUACAGUAUACACUGAUUUUACCUAUUCAUUCUCAUUUAUAUCUAUACCACAAUCUCUUACAGUCUGGAAGGAAGCAUCAAUAUCCAUUUUAACUUUUAAACAGAUUGAUAUCCAUUUUAACUUUUAAACAGAUUGUUCUGUCUAAGUAGUUCUAAAGAAUUGUUUGUCACCAUGCAGUCUUUACCACUGACAGUGAGAUGAGCCCCAAGUGUUGGUGCAUGUAAAGGUACUAAAGGUAAGUCUCAUUAAACUUAAAUAAUGUGUUUUCCUGCCAAAUGUUUUUAUUCUUAUAUCUCAGAAAAGGUUCAAAAUGCUGAUGUAGUCUGCUAUUAAACUGAGGUCAUAUUUAGCUUAAGUGCUUUAAUAACUGAGAGAUUAGGCCAACUUUCACAGUACCUCAGUUGCAGAUCUCUGAGGAGUAGCUCAGCAGCCUGCAGUUGCUGUAUCUGUCUUGUUUUCUGUGCAAUGUUAUUCUCAUUUUCUUAUCAACAUUUCAUGAUGUCACUACCUUCUUUUUCCUUAAUUGAAGAUUUUUGAGUGGUCUUGCCCGUUUUCAGGCUGCUGGUUUACAUAACUUUCCCUUGUGCACUUCUUUCCUUGCCUCACCUAUUUUACUGUAUUGUAGAAGGUUGCUUUGAACACUCUGUUGCCUAAGAUGUCCAAAGUAAUAUACUUCAGUUCUCAGGAGCCUGCCUUUAGUGAUGGAUAUUUGGUAAGUGUCUGAGAUGUUCAUAUUUGGGAUCUUGGCCUAUUGUUUUACUCAAGGGCACAAAGACAUCUUAGGACUGGUGGGUCUCAGGCUGUGGCAGGUUUAAGUUGUCUGGUUUACAGGUCAUACAAAAGAAUGGUAAUGGCUGUUGCAAAAGGCAGUUUCAUAUAUUACUUGGGCUUUUAAGUUGUUGCCAUUGUUUGUCCCCAGCUGGCAACUAAAUAGAGCAGCUUGUGCACUCCAAUCCCUCACUGGGUGAGGAGGAGAAUUGGGGAAAAAAAUUAAACCUCAUGAACUGACAUGACAACAAUUUAAUAAUUGAAACAAAAUAAAAUAUAGUAGUACUUGAAUUACUAUAAUUGUAAUGAAAAGGAGAGAGAAAGGAAUGAGGUCCAGGAGAAACAAGUGGUGUAUAAUACACUGCUCCCUACCCUGUGAUGGCUGCCCAGCCCACCCUGAGCACUGAUGGGCCCCUCCCAGCCGACUCCCCCAGUUUCUGUGCUGGCAGUGCCCUCCGUGCUGUGGAAUUUCCCUUUGGCCUGGCCAGGCCGGCUCUCCUGGCCCUGCUCCCCCAGCUCCUCGUGCAGCUUCUCACUGACAGGGCAUGGGAAACUGAAAAGUCCCUGACUGUGGGUAAGCACCACUUAGCAACAACCAAAACAACAGAGUGUCAUCAACGUGAUUGCCAUGGGAAAUCCAAAACAGCACUAACCAGCUACUAAGAAGGAAAUUAACUCUAUCCCAGCCAAAACCAGGAUAGUUGUGUGUUUCCUUAAUUCUAGAUGUGCUACUGAGUGUUCCAGAUUCUGUGCUGAUCUCGUCUGUGUUUUUCAGAACUUAGUUAUGGACCAGCUUGCUUUCAGUUUGUCCACAGAUCUUGGUUACAGCUUGCUUAAAAACAAACAAAAAGUAGUAUAUCAGUGAUUACUCAGCUUUUUCUUCCACUUACACUAACUAUUGUUGUUUUAGCCUUAAGGGACCUACCCUGUAAUUUGCUGUGAGAGUGAGAUAUUGGGUGAGAAAUUGUUUUUCAUCCUCAAAAAAGGAUUUUUCUGUGGCUUUGAUUAAAGUGCUGAAGCAGGAGUUGGGAGUAGAUUAAGCAGAGUACAUGAGAUAUUAGGAAUUAUGUUAUAAUCACUUCAAGUAGAGGGUAGAGCUGAUGAUAUUUGCCAGACAAAGUGCAUGUUGGAGACAGAAGAAAUUUUUCAAUUCCAGUAGGCAGACCAUUAAGCUAUUAAUUGGGUCUUGUUUGGGUUUUUUUUUUCCCCCACUUAAAAGAAGUGAGGAUUUUUCUGAAGCACCACAAUUACCAAAAUUUUCCACGUUUGGUUACAAUGGAGGGGAGAUGAGUAUCUCUAAAGAGUGAAGCUGGGUGAAGCUGGGAGCCUGGCCAAAAGAAAGGGAAAAGCUCCUUGAAGGGGGAUGCAUGUUCAGUACUCAGUACUGAGUGUUGCUGACCUCCUGACUUGCUCUCUGGGAGGGAGAUGACUUAGGGAAAAAUGUUAUGAAAAAAAAAGCCUAACAGAAGUCAUAUCUGUAUGGGGAAGGUUCUGUAUGCUAGCAAGUGUGCUGUCAUACACCAUGACUGUGUGAGUACUUAGCCUUAGAAUUGUGUGCUAGUGCAAUAGCCAAGACUUCAAAGAAGUUCCUGCUUGUCCAUAGGAAGCGAUGAAAUGGAAAACAAAGCUGUUGGCAUGGGGAUGUAUAAAGACUCUGGGCUGCAAAAGAGAAUUUUCUGGCUAAAGAAAUGGAGUAAUGUAGCUGAGGGACAGGCCCAUGUCAGACAGCAGAGCUGUUGUAAUUACUGGGUUGCACUACAAACUCCAGUUCUCUGGGCUAACAAUGCACCCAGAGGGGUUGAAAAAAAGGCAUAGAUGUGUGUGGGUAUGGGGAAGUUUUGGUUUUGUGGGUUUUUUUUGUUUGUUUGGAUCAUUUUGUCUCAUAUUACUGACCCUUUGAAUCCCGGUGCAGGGCUAGCAUGGGAGGAAGGAUGGCAGAGGAGUACAACCAUUUACACUUUCCUGUCUGGAUUUCCUUAGUUCAUACUUCUGCUUUGUGGCAGAAAUACCACCAGUAAUUAAAAGAAAAAUAUGAUGCUUUUUCAUCUGUGUUGAGUGGGAACUAUCAAAAUUUCUCCUUUUGGGUAUUACUAGCACUUAGCUAAUAAUAAUAUUCGCCUCCUUUUGGUUGAAGAAAUUACUGGCAGUUCUUUCAAUCUCCCUGCUCUGGUAGGGCAAGGAGAGCCUGGCUGCUGGGUGCAAAGAAUCUGAACCCUGCUGCAGAUGGAGAGCCCACAGCUGCUUGAACCCGGAGGAUGCUGUGUUUCAAAUAAAGAAAAUGUGUAGCUAGCAGAAAAAAAA